AAAGGAAAUUGAAUCGCACAAUUAAGGAGCGUUUACAACGGUCUUAUUUUUCUAAUCUCAAUUUGCAGAUUUCGUUAAAAGGCCACGUGUUCGAUUUUUUUUUAACGCAUAAAUUGUAUUGUAAUUCCAAAACUACAUCGUUUUGAGGUUUAGCCAUUAAAGUCACAGUCACACUUUCGCUUUUCCCAAUACGAACAAGCGGUGACGCAUAUCUCCUGUAUCAUCACUCUUUUACUUCCGGCGAUCUCUCUCCGACGGCCAAUGGACGCCGUCCUUUACUCUGUUCCACUCUCCUUCACUCCCCUACGCGCAUCAUCCUCUCCUUCCUCGCCGUAUCUUCUUCUGCCGAGGUUUCUCUCCGUUCAGCCAUGUCACAAAUUCACCUUCUCUCGAAGCUUCCCUUCCAAAUCCCGGAUUCCCUCAGCUUCUUCCGCCGCCGGUUCCACGUUGAUGACGAAUUCCUCUUCGCCAAGAAGUGGAGUGUACACUGUUGGUGAGUUCAUGACAAAGAAAGAGGACUUGCACGUGGUGAAACCUACGACUACUGUGGAUGAAGCUCUGGAACUCCUUGUGGAGAAUAGAAUCACUGGAUUUCCUGUAAUUGACGAAGACUGGAAAUUGGUUGGGCUUGUUUCAGAUUAUGACUUGUUGGCUUUGGACUCCAUAUCUGGUAGUGGAAGAACAGAAAAUUCCAUGUUCCCUGAGGUUGACAGCACCUGGAAAACUUUCAAUGCUGUGCAAAAGCUACUCAGCAAAACCAAUGGGAAGCUUGUUGGAGAUUUAAUGACACCAGCUCCACUAGUUGUUGAGGAAAAAACCAACCUGGAAGAUGCUGCUAAAAUAUUGCUUGAGACAAAAUAUCGCCGGCUCCCUGUGGUAGAUUCUGAUGGCAAAUUGGUUGGUAUCAUCACAAGAGGAAACGUGGUUAGAGCCGCGCUUCAAAUAAAGCGCUCUGGUGAUAGGAAUGCUUGAUUAAGGUAGUAUAUAUACCAAACAAGAAAAUGGCUUUGUAGAGGAAAGCAAUGAUCAAACAUUCUCCAGAGAAUAAAAGUGAGAAACCGCGACAAUUGUACCAUGUAUUAGAAUAAGAGCCAUAACUUAUACGACAUUUUGCAACGAAGUUAAACCUGGUAAACUCUAGAAGCAUCAAAGGUAAGUGCACAUCUAACUUUUUGCUAUUUUAGCAGAAUCAGCUUCUCUGUUUGUUUGAUAAGUUAGGUUAUCAGAUGCUUUGGGUAUUUGACUCUCAUCCAAUAUGCUUUCAUUUCGAGAAAAAAAAAAAUUGUUUCACACUUUCUACAUUUGGUUAACCACCAAAGUAACAAACCUUUUUAAGGUAUUUUAAUUGAUUUUGGUUCAACC